CUUGAUCACGGGAAAGUUGAAGUCACGUGAGUGUGUUUAAGAGUUGAACACAGCGGAUGGUCAUGUUUAUUUCCACAUCUGAAAAGAUGCGUCUUGUAUUGGUGUGUUUGCUUUUGGGGGUUUUGGAGGUUUUCGGCGCUCCAGAAGCGGAUGAAAUCAAAUAUCUGCCUGGACUUCAGAAACAGCCCAGUUUCAAGCAUUAUUCUGGAUACUUCCAUGUGGCAGACAAUAAACACCUUCAUUACUGGUUUGUUGAGUCUCAGAAAGAUCCAGUGAAAAGUCCGGUUGUUCUGUGGCUUAACGGAGGGCCAGGAUGCAGCUCCAUGGACGGUUUGCUCACAGAACACGGACCGUAUCUGAUCCAGGAUGACGGUAUCACUCUAGAAUACAAUCCUUAUUCUUGGAACAAGAUUGCAAAUGUGCUAUACCUUGAGUCACCAGCAGGUGUCGGGUUUUCCUAUUCUGAUGACAAGAAAUACACAACCAAUGACACGGAGGUGGCCAUGAACAACUAUUUGGCUUUGAAAGCGUUCUUCAAGUUGUAUCCCGAGUACAGUAAGAACGAGGUUUUCCUGACUGGAGAGAGUUACGCCGGCAUCUAUAUUCCCACACUGGCCGAAAUCGUCAUGGAGGACAGUAGCAUUAAUUUACAGGGUAUUGCUGUUGGCAACGGCUUGGCAAGCUAUGAGCUAAAUGACAAUUCCUUGGUCUAUUUUGCAUACUACCAUGGACUUCUUGGGAGCAGCUUGUGGAAUGCCCUGCAGACAUCUUGCUGCAAAGAUGGAGUAUGCAACUUCUACAAUAGCCCUGAUGUGAACUGCUCUGCUAAUGUAUAUCAGGUACAAGUUAUUGUCUAUGAGUCAGGACUGAACAUGUAUAACUUGUAUGCACCCUGUGCGGGAGGUGUUCCACAGAGAGCAAGCGUUGAAAAUGGGCAGUUUGUGAUUCGAGACCUGGGCCACCACUUCAUCAACCAUGACUGGUCAAAAGCAUGGAAGCAGAAAUUCCGAGGUGUGGCCGCCCUGUUUAAGUCUACGAAGCUUGAUCCUCCAUGCACUAACUCCACCCCAUCCACCCUGUACUUGAACAACCCAUUAGUGAAGUCUGCCCUCCACAUCUCGCCCAAUUCUUUGGACUGGGUCAUCUGCAGUGCUGAGGUCAAUCUGAACUACAAACGGCUGUUUAUGGACUUGAAGAAACAGUACAUGAAGCUUCUUGGAGCACUAAGAUACCGUGUGUUGGUGUACAAUGGAGAUGUGGACAUGGCCUGCAAUUUCCUUGGAGAUGAAUGGUUUGUGGAAUCGCUCCAGCAAGAGGUUCAGGUGCAGCGCAGAACUUGGAUUUAUUUCAGUGGUGACACUCAGCAGGUGGGCGGAUUCGUCAAGGAAUUCUCCAAUCUCGCUUUCCUCACAGUGAAGGGUUCGGGUCACAUGGUUCCCACUGACAAACCCAUAGCAGCCUUCACCAUGUUUACCCGCUUCAUCACCAAGCAACCUUACUAGUCCCCACUCGGGGAUUAUUACUGGCAUUUAAAUCAUGAUUUGCACUGUCACUCAGGUUAAAGGUUUCCGUAGUUGGCCCACUGACCUUUUUUCUUUUUCAUCAAACACAAUCACGUUUUCUACUGCACACUAUAUACAAAUAAAAUAGCCACUUUUCUGAUUUUGAAUAUGCCGUGUCUGUUCAGACCGUGCAUAAUGUAUUGUUGGAGAAACUCGCUGUUUAAGACGCCUGUUUGCUUCAGACAAACUUUAAUCAAGUUUUAAUUUAUGAAAGCUGCUGCGUUUGCUCAUUUAAACCUGAAUUUAAUCUAUCCAAAAUGACUGGAUACAGACUGUUAGCCAUCAAUUGCACAUUUCUACCUUGUGUUUAUUAAAUGUGAAAUUGUAGCUUUGUAUUUUUUUUUUUGGAUUACUUGUAUAAAGUAUUUGAGCCAUCUUGAGUUUUAAUGCUCAUGAAGAGAUUAUUUUUGUCAUGAAUAUUAUAGAUUAAUGCCGCGCUGGACUAAUUGUUGCAUUUUUGUGAAGGUUUAAUUGUCCUCAUUAUGUUAAUGGUGUUUUAAAAUGGGUUCUUUGUGCUCAUAGGGAAAAUCUUUGUGCCUUUUUUUUUUUUUGUAUUAAAUAAAAUUUCCUAUGAUUUGUU